CAGAGACAGAGAAGGAGGAGAUAAAGGAAGUGUUGAAAACAAAGUGAAAAUAAGAGACAGAGACAAGGGAGUGCCGUAGCAGAAAUCAUCUCUUUCAGUACAACAGAUUCUUUGAGUGUUCGGGCCAUGUCUGUACCAGCUAUGGAUUCGUUUAAGACUGUCCUAAAAUUCCUCACCAAUCAGAAGUCCACGAUUGGCUACAGCUUCAUGGCUAUUUUGACAUUAGGAAGUGAACGAAUUUUCUCCAUGGUGUCUUUUCAGUGUCCGUGCAACCCUAAACAGAAUUUUGUGUAUGGAUUAACUUUUCUGAUCGGCCCUGCGGUUGUCUUGCUGGCGAUUGGACUCUUUGUUAGUACACCUCUUUGGCAGUUAUACACUGGGUGUUGUCGCAACCCUAUCAAACUUUGCCCCAGGGGUAACUUUAUGGGAUGCUUGCAGGUGUUUGUAAAAGUGCUAUCUAAAGCCUGCAUUGCCCCUGUCAUGUGGCUUAGUGUAGCACUGUUAAAUGGAACUUUUUAUGAGUGUGCUGUUAGUGGCCUGAAGGAAAAUAUGGUCAUCCAAAUUUUCUGCAAAAACAAGACACGAACAUGCCAGGAGGAGCUCCCCAGAGUACCCUGCAGCAAGUCCCAGCUGCCCCCGAAUGAAAAUAUGGAACUGCUGUUGAUGUUACGAGCCCAGUCACAGAUCCUCGGCUGGUCCAUUAUUAUCAUAUCGGCAACAUUAGCCCUUAUUGGAACUUGCUUUAAGAACUGUCGCUCUAAAGUAAGCUACCUUCAGUUAACUUUCCAGAAGAUCUACAUGGAGAAGGAACAGGAAAGGUUUGAGGUGUUUGCAGAAGAUUAUGCCACCAAACUGGCAGAGAGAAACCUUAAGAGUUUCUUUGACAACAAAAGUCCUGAGCCAUUUCCCUUUCCAAAUCACAAGGCCUGGGAGGAGAUCUCUACUAUAUACACUUAUAAGGAACGCGAACAGUACUACAGUACACUGCAAAGAUAUGUGGAGCGUGCAGAUCGGGACUACAGCCCUGAGAAGCAUCCUGUUCUAGAGGGGCAAGAGGGCAUAGAGAUGACAUAAUAAGAAAAAUAAGAGAUGAGAUUUUUGUGGCUACAACCUGCACUGAAAGUGCUGACAAAGUGGUUGUGGCACUAUUCGACCUGCAAAUACUUUGUACAGUUUUAAACUUCUAUAUCAAUGAACCAACACAGAUCUCAGGUUUUACAAAGUCAGAAAAUGAAGAAAAAAACACUUCUCAUGCAGGGCAUUUGUCAUUUAAGCCUUGUGCACUCUUUGAAUCUGUACAGCUCUCUUUUUCCUCUUAAAAUCUUUUUCACCAUAUCCUUAUAAAACAGGUAGUGUGUUUGAUGCACGUUUAUGCAUGAUAACCUCAAAAGAUUUUGGUGCUGAGAUGUAACUGUCCAGCACUGAUUCAAAUCUACAAUAAGGUCGCAUUGCACUUAUGUUAACCAACAAAACAUAAAACAUGUAAACCGUAAUGCUUAUUUCCUUUGCUGGUUUUAAACAGAUUAUUUGAAAAACAGGAAACCCACAAACAAAGUACCCAACACACAUUUCUUCAGUAGUUUUGACCCACAAAUCAGCUCUGUAUAGUGAUAAAAAAUGAGUUUCUGUUAGCAUGACUGUUCUGAAAAGCAUAGGACCAAUUACUACACAAUAUCACAAAUAUAUCACAUAAGGUUUCCGGCUUGUCUGUGGUAUGCAUUUCCUGAACUGUCUUGAAAGAGAAGUAAAUAUACUCAGGUUAAUAGUCAGUGAAAAAAAUUACAACAAUAUUAUUUUAUAUUAAAACUGUGCUAUUAGAUGUAAGUUAAGUGUGAAAAAUAUUGCUUAGAAGUAACACAAUGUAGCCUAAUAACUAUUAUGACAUUAAAACUGAGUCAAAGCCACAUCCUUGCCCUUGUGUACAAAGCUAUGAGAUACAGCGGCUGACCUGCGUUUGAGUUCUUGCUCGAGGUCCUUUUCUUUAAAAGCAAAGGCACAGGCAAUAACAAUGGCAAAAAACACACACACACACACACACACUACAUAUAAGUUGUACUAACAAUACUGUUAAAGAUCAUUUAUAUUUGUGGAUUUGACUUUGUACCCAGAAUAUUAAUAAAUUGUUCACUAAACUGAACUAUAAAUGACAACUCAUAUUAAUAGGAACCAUAAACACAGUCCAUCUGCCUCAUUUGAUUUAAAUGUAAGACAAAUAAACAAAAUGUUUUGCUUGUGUGUAGAAGCAAUGCAAAUAAACUGUUUAUUUAUAUAUCCUAUAA